AUGCCCUUAUCUUUGUAUCUAAAGCUUGGGUUGGGUAGUCCAAAAAGAACCAUUGUUAUUCUCCAACUCGCUGAUAGAUCCAUUGCUAAGCCUGAGGGGGUAGUAGAAGAUGUGUUAGUUCAAGUAGGUUCAUUGAUUUUUCCUGUAGACUUUGUGGUCUUAGAUUUUGAACCUGAUAUUAAAGUUUCAUUCAUUUUGGGACGACCUUUCUUGUCCACGGGUAGGGCAUUGAUUGAUGUAGCAACUGGUCAACUAACUAUGAGGGCUCAUGACAAGGUUAAGGUAUUCGAUGUUUACCGCGCUUUGAAAUUGCCCUCUAUUUAUGAAGAGUUGUCUGCUAUUACUGUGGUUGAUCAAAUAGUAGAAUCACAAGUAGUUGUGCCUGAAGAUCCCUUAGAAAGAGUGUUAGUGGGUCAUGAGAUGGAUGGGGAAACUGAGGCCCAAGAGAUAGAAACAUGUCUGAAUCUGGCACUUGUGGAGACUCACAACCGGAGAGUCGAGUCAUUAGAUCGUGAGUUAGGACCUCCACCAAAGCCUUCAAUUGAAGAAGCUCCCAACCUGGAGUUAAAAACUCUGCCUACUCACCUAAGGUAUGCAUUUUUGGGUACUAAUGAAACUUUGCCUGUUAUACUUUUUGCAGAGUUGUCUAAAAUACAAGUUGAUGCGGCUUUGAGGAUCCUAAAGCGGAGAAAAAAGGCAAUUGGAUGGCAAAUGGCUGAUAUUCAUGGGAUUAGUCUGGCGUUAUGUAUUCACAGAAUCUACAUGGAAGAGGAUCACAAAUCAAGUGCACAACAUCAACGUCGACUAAAUCCUUUGAUGAAAGAAGUGGUGAGAAAGGAAGUAAUAAAGUGGCUAGAUGCUGGAAUUGUUUACCCGAUCUCUGAUAGUAAAUGGGAUUUUACAGGCGAUUCAUCAAAGAUUUUUUCCAAGAUUGCAAGACCUAUGUGCAGUCUCUUGGAGAAGGAGGUGAAAUUUGACUUUGAUGAGAUGUGCUUGAAAGCUUUUGAGAUGUUGAAGAGGAACUUAAUCGAAGCUCCCAUCUUAAUUGCUCCUAAUUGGGAAUUACCAUUUGAACUCAUCAAGACCCUUGACUCUGCACAAGCUAAUUACACAGUGACCGAGAAAGAGAUGUUGGCUCUAAUGUUCGCCUUCGACAAGUUCAGAUCAUAUUUGAUAGGUACUAAAGUGAUUGUUUUUAUUGACCAUGCAACUAUUAGGUACCUAUUCAACAAGAAGGGUGCGAAACCAAGGCUGAUUCGAUGGAUACUGCUUCUCCAAGAAUUUGACCUUAAGAUCAAAGAUAGGAAAGGUACUGAAAAUCAGCUAACGGAUCACUUGUCUAGGUUGGAGGAUUUUUCCCAUGUGAAUGAAGGUGAUCAAAUCUGGGAAGAGUUUUCAGAUGAACAAUUGAUGGCAUUAGAUAUCUCUCAAGUGACAUGGUAUGCAGACAUUGUGAAUUUGAUAGUAAGUGGAGAAUAUCCUCUAGGUGCAACCACCCAAAAAAAGAAAAAGCUCAAUCAUAAUGCUAAGUUCUAUGUCUGGAAUGAACCAUUCUUGUUCAAACAAGGUGUGGACCGGCUAAUGAGAAGAUGCAUUCCGGAAUAUGAGGUUCAAAAAGUGCUCGGAAGUUGUCAUGCUAGCCCAUAUGGGGGUCACCACGGUGGGGAGCGCACUGCUCAUAAGGUACUACAAUCUGGUUUCUUUUGGCCCUCGUUAUUUAAAUAUUUUAUUGCUUUUGUGAAGGGUUGUGAUAAAUUCCAAAGGUUGGGUACUAUUUUAAGAAGACAUGAGAUGCCACUAAGUAACAUUUUGGAGGUGGAAAUCUUUGAUGUGUGGGGUAUUGACUUCAUGGGUCCCUUCCCGCCAUCUAGUGGAAACCAAUACAUUCUUGUGGUUGUGGAUUAUGUGAGUAAAUGGGUUGAUGCUGUCGCUCUUCCUUCGAAUGAUUCAAGGGUGGUGAUAAAGUUCAUCAAGAAGCACAUCUUCACUCGCUUUGGCACUCCAAGGGCAAUCAUAAGUGAUGGGGGUAAGCAUUUCAUUAACAAUCUUGUUAAAAAUCUUCUUUCUAAGUAUGGUAUUCGUCACAAGGUUGCUACAGCUUACCAUCCUCAAACGAGUGGCCAAGUGGAGGUUUCGAAUAGGACUGCGUAUAAGAUACCAAUAGGGACUUCUCCCUAUCACAUAGUAUUUGGUAAAACAUGUCAUCUUCCGGCAGAAUUAGAACAUCAAGCUUAUUGGACAAUCAAGAGGUUGAAUUUGGACCCCGAGCUAAUCGAUAAAAAGAGAGUGAAUCAGUUGCAUGAACUUGAGGAUUUUAGGCUCCACGCGUAUGACAAUGCCAAGCUUUACAAAGAAAAGACGAAGAGGUGGCAUGACAAGCACAUAUUUGCUCGAACUUUCACUCCGGGAGAAAAUGUUACAAAGGCUCCAAAAGCAAAGAAUGUGGCUGGUUCUAAGCAGAGUAGGAAGAGUGAAGCAUUCGGGUUUGGCAAUCGGGAACCUGUUCGAAAAUUUGGGAAAAAGGUGGUGGAGCGGUAUGGCUGGGAAUGGUUUGAGUGUCAGCGCGAACCUAAGUAUAUGGGCGACGAGUACAUCCAUGAGGAUAAACCUCCUUAUAGGGAUAUCCAACAUACUUUCUGUGGGGUAGAGUCCACGGCUAGGUGGGAGCGUAGCAAGGAUACUGGAGGGGAAAUUCUUAGACAAAAUAUGAUGAAAUUUAGGAAUAAUAUGAGGCAGAGGUUUUGCUAUGGGGGUUUGAUAACCCGUUUUCUGAGGGCCCAAGGUAUUGAUGAAGAGGCUGUGGACCUGACUAUUGCUUUUCACCCGAAUAUGGUGGGUAAGUUAAUUGAUAUGACUCGAACAAAGGCACUAGACACGUCCCAUGGACCUAUCUUGUCUGCCCAAGAGAGGCAAGCCUGUGAUGACAAUGUCAUGGCAAGAAUGUUCAGUAUGGUAGAGUUGCAGUUGCAGAUAGGUGGCUAUCUGGUUAUAGAUGAUGAGAUGGAGACCAUGGGGGAGCGUUACCCCUUGAUCGAGAGUGUAGCGUUCUUAUGCAAGACUAGUCCAGCAUUCUUAGAGCCUAUGGAUGAUGAUGAGGCUAGUGCUGACGAGGCUAUGGAUGAUGAGGAGGAGGAUGUUGUGGAUGAUAAGGCGACAGCCUUGAUGGUGUUUGAUCGCGGUGACGACAAGGCCUAG